CCUUGUGUAAACUCGACUCUGUCCCCUCUUCUUCUCUUCUGUCUUCUGUUCAACACAUGCUGGCUGCCUGUGGGGUUCAGGCUCUGUGCCCACCAUGAUGGUGGAGGGGUUGAGGUCUCAGUAGUUGAGUGGCAGGUGUCAGAGAUGCCUGUGCAGGAAAGGCCCUGUUUCCAGUGCAUGUCAUCUCUGCUCCGUCCCAGGCGCCCCUGGCUGCCUUCUUGUCCCUGGAGUCUGGUCCUUGAGUGACAGGGUCAUGCUGGGCAUGUGGCUGUGGGCACCACUGGUCGGCUGCAUCCUGCUGCUGAGUCAUGUUGGCUGACAGGUGCAAUGGCCCAUGGAGCUGUGGGUGAGUGAUUUCCCCUUUUGCCAGCGUGAAUGAAGCUGCUGUGAACACUUGCAUGUGCUGUCUGCAUGGAUGUGAAUUUUCAUCUCUCUGGAGCUCAUAGCUCGGUGGCAGGGUAGAUACAUGCUUGGCUGUUAAGAAGCUGCCACAUAGCCUUCUGGGGCUUGCACCAUUUUGCCUUUGCACCAUCAUUGUCACAAUGAUUCUCCAUGCCUGUCCGUGCAUGGGGCCAUGGCUUUCUGUGCGACAGCAUCUAUGCCUUGCAGCUCUGGACCCCACCCACGCCCCCGCAGGAUGAUGGUGACCUUUACAUGGACCCAGUGCUGUGUCUCCUGUACGAGCCCAUGCCAAUCCCCGAGGCGAAGCUGCCACCCAUGCACAUGAGGAAAGAGCACAGGCGGCACCGAGCCAACUUCUCUGCUACCGGGAGGAAGAAGCAGCAGCAUCAUGGGGAAGCAGCCAUCCCUCCUCAAUCCCUGUUUGACCAGGUGACACCUGGCCCGAUGAAGACACGCCGUGAGGGGAAAGAGAAGAAGAACCUCCUGCUGAAGCAGCAGGUGCAGUUCGCCAAGCCUCUACCAGCAGCAUCCAUCAAGUCUGUGGGCGAGUCUGCCCCAGAUCUCCCUGAGUGGCUCAUCGGCGAGAACUGGGCCCUGCUGCAGGCUGUGAAACGGUUACUGGAGUUUCCUCUGAAUCUUGCUGUUAUGUCCCUUGCUCACACACCUAACUGGGAUCUUGUCAGUGACAUCGUUAACUCCUGUAGCCGAAUCUACUGCUUUCCUAAGCAGUGCAGGAAUUGGUAUGAAAAUGUUAUUUUUCCAAGAGAGGAAGGAAAGACCAAGAGUGGCCGGCCACUGUGCACCCACCAGAUCUACGCCCAAGACAAAGGUGCUGCACAGACGCAGCUGCACAUCAGUCACUUUCAGGGGAUGACCAUGAUUGCAGGGAAGAGAAGCCCACCCGUUAAACCUCUGCUUGGCAUGAAUCCCUUCCAGAAGAAUCCAAAGCAUGCCUCUGUGCUAGCAGAAAGCAGGAUCAACUACGAUAAGCCUUUGCAUCCGAUUCAAGUCGCCUCUCUCUGUGCAGAGUGUAUCACUAAGGACAAGAAGGUGCUGGCUGAACAUUGGAGACUCCAACUGCAUCCAGGAGUGCCGCAGACCAGUCAGCAGCAGCCAAGCCAGACUCUGCUGCAGACAGUGAUGCAGGCAGGCCAGCAGCCCUCUGCGAGGGGACAGCCUUCAGUGACCACCACGGCCAGUAUGGCUGUCCUGGCUGGAACAGUCAAGACUGCAGUCACUGAUGCAGGCGUCCAGACUGCCUCUGUGAGUGGGAAUAUCGUCAUGAGCACGUUCCCUGACACUUCAGCCACUGCAUUUCCACCUUUGAGCAAGUGCUCGGCCUCGCCAGGGCUACUGGGGACACUAGCAGUAAGUGACCAGGGCGGCCCCUCCCCUGCACCAGCCGUAUAUGCAGUUGGGGCUCAGGGUAUAGGCCAUGCCACAAAGCCACAGGCCUCAGGGGUUGUGGCUCCUGCCCAGGCCAUUCAGGCCCAGACCCGAGCGGGUAGUUCACCUGUGGGGCCCUUGAAUGAGUUGGCCAUUGCAGCCUCUGCCCAGCACUGCUGUCCCCACAGCAAGGCGCUCACCCCUGCCCACCUCCAGCUGCUCCGGCGGCAGCACCAGCAGCAGCAACAGCAAGUGGCCCAUGUGCAAGUUCCACAGGUCCAGGGCGUGGCACAAGCCCAGUCUCCAAGCCAAAUAAAAGCUGUAGAGAAAUUAUCCCAGGAGCACUUGAUUAGACUCCAGAAGCGGAAACUGCAGCUGCCCCCUGAUCUCCCGCUGCUACAGGCCCAGGCAGGGCCCCCACAACCCCUGCAGCAGCAGAGUCCCCAGCUUACCACGGUCACAGCCCCAUGGCCCGGAGCCCUGCUCAUGGGCACCAUCAUGGCCUACCUCCAGGUGGCCCGGCUUACUCGAGUCUCCACCUCCCCACUGCAAGGCCCAGAACAGAUCUCAGCGCCUACACCUCAGUCAGCCCAGGUUGUUCAGGCCAAGCCUCCCGGUGUCCCGGCAGCUGCAGUGUCACCGACUGGGGUCAUGGCACUUCCCGUCAGCCUGGCAGGAAUUAGUGUCACCAUUGGGCAGCCACAGAAGGCUGCAGGACAAACUGUGGUCACACAGCCUCUGCACUUGCAGCAGCUUCUGAAGCUCAAACACCACCAGCAGCAGAAAGCUGUGCAGCCCCUGGCUGUCCUGGGCCCCGCUGCCGUGCAACAGAAGAACAGCCCUGUGGAGAGUUCGGGAAGAGGUGCUGGCACGUUCCUGGAGAGCUGUGUGCGACUUGAUCCAAUAAUUCCUGCAGGAGGCCAUGGCCUGUUCUGCAUCCUCAUCCUACCUGAGAAUGCCACGGUCAGGCCACCCUGUGUGUCUCUGUGCACCCAGCGGCAUCUAGCCAUGGUCAGUACUCACCCCUUCGAGGUCUAA